AUUUGCUUGCUGAUCACGUGGGUUGAGCUUCACUUCCAGCAGAAUUCGUAUAGGAAGUUCUGCCUCAUUUCGACAUCAUUUUCAUCAAUUUCAAGUGUUAGGUUCUUUUCACAACCUUCAAGAUGUCUGACGACGAGAGGGGAGCGAGUCCUGAGAAGGAAGAAGAACAAGCAGGCGAUGAGCCCGUACAAGAGGAAGAGGAGGCACCACCAGUAGAGGAAGCCCCACAAGCUGCCAAACAGAGCAGUGGGCCUACUGAGGCCAUGCGUCAGAUGGAAGAAGCCAAACAGCGUCGUAGUGAGAGGGAACAGGAAGAGCUGAAAGAAUAUGAAGAGAUGAGACGUGCAGAGAAACAAGCUGAGGAAGAAGAGAUCAGAAAACUCAAAGAAAAGAAGGAAAGACGCAAGAUCGAACGUGCGGAAGAAGAAAAGAAACAAGCGGAACAGAGAGCUGUUGAAGAGGCCAGACGCAAGGCAGAGGAGGAAGAACGUAAGAGAAAGAAGGAAGAAGAACUAAGAAUAAAGCAGGAGUCUCGCGCUGCUGCCAUGAAGGAGGCUGAUAGACUCCGCAACCCACCCAAACCCAAUUUCAUCAUCUCAAAGAAAGGAGGAUCUGUUGGCAAUGUUGUUAAGGCCAAGGAAGACAUGACCAAGUCCAAGGAACAGCUUGAGGAAGAAAAGAAGGCAAUCCUUACACAGCGUAUCCAUGCUCUGAACAUUGAUGGAUUCUCAAGUGACCAACUCACUGAGAAGGCCAAGGAUCUUUACAACCAAAUCUACAAACUUGAGUCUGAGAAGUACGAUCUGGAAGAGCGUUUCAAGAGACAGCAGUAUGACAUGAUGGAGCUAGCUGAACGUGCAAGACAGAUGAACAAGGGAGGAAAAGGCAAAGCCCACAGAGUCACAGAGACUGUCAGCACCGCAGGAAGCGACGAGAUCGCCAGCAAAAUUCCAGGCGCACCACCAAAAGUUGUUAUGUUUAGCAAAUAUGAACGCCAAAAAGAUAAAAGAUCAUACGAUCAAAGAAAAGAUAAAUUCAAGGGCCCCACAUGGGCACCAGUUACAGAAAGAAUAACACCAACUGGUCCUGUGCCUGUAUUUAAUGCCCCAAGCGAUGAUGAAGAGGAGGAAGAAGAGCCCGCAGCUGAGGAGGUUGCAGCAGAGUAAAGGUUUUCGUCUACUAUCAUAAAAUACUUUGGCAGCCAUGGACUGUAGGACUCUUAGCUAGGGGCUAUUAUUUAACUAUUUAACACUGUAACAGACAUCUAUCUUGGGACUGGACUCUCGUAUAGACAGGCAUUGAGUAGUAAUGCAAACAACAUCAGGCAAACACUAUUGCUUAAGGAACUGCUGAAAGAAUCAUGAAAACACUGUUGUUGAAGAUACAAGUUUGGCAUUGUUCUAUUUUAUAUGGUUCAGCUUGAACCCUUUAGACUUGCGAUAUUUUAGUAUUAACCCUUCAAUGUUUGAAAAGUUCAAUUUUGUAGUUUCAACAUCUGAAGGGUUAUGUAGUGUUUUUGUUAAAACCACCAAAAAGGUCUGUUAAUCCACUGCAGUUCUUGGAAGUGUUUUUUGUCACCAUUAAGUUAGUAGCUUAGUGUUUUUAGUUACAAUACCUUUAAACAACUGAAUUGAAAUUCAAUGAAUUGAGUUACAGUACAUUAAUUGUAUUAUGUAGUAUUUUUAAUUCAAAUUCAAUUCAUAUAAAACAGACCAAUGUCAAACAUCUAUUCUAUGUUAUGAAUAUUAUGUCAGUUUGGUAUAAUUUACCUAAUAAAUCAACCUAAAUACAGAA